AUGGCUGUCUACUAUAAGUUCAAGAGUGCCAGAGACUAUGACUCGAUCCCUAUCGAGGGGCAGUUCAUCUCGGUUCUCAACCUCAAGGAGAUGAUUUUUGAGUCCAAGCACCUUGGCAGAGGCACUGAUUUCGACCUCAUGAUCUCGAAUGCCCAGACUGAUGAAGAGUAUGCUGAUGAAUCUAUCAUGAUACCAAAGAACACUUCAGUGUUGAUUCGCCGGAUACCAGGACGCCCAAGGAUGCCAAUCGUUACUGAACCAAAAGAGGCAAUAGCUGCAGAAAAUAGGGUAGAAGAAAUCGUGCCUUCUGGCAGCGCUUUUCUUGGUGAUUCAUCUAUGAAAUAUCCUGAAGAAUCUGAGUGGGAUGAUGAGUUCGGCAACUCUUUAUAUGUUUCUGAUUCAGUUCCCUCUCAGCCUGCUAGCCAGGCAAUUGACGCUUCUUCUGAAAAUCAAAUUGACGAAGAUAGUAAGAUAAAAGCCCUUAUUGAUACAGCAGCCGUUGACUAUAGCCAAAUUCCUGACGGCUAUGGAUCCGGAAGAGGUUAUGGCAGAGGAAUGGGUGGGAGAAUGAUGGCUGGGCGCGGUUUUGGACGUGGGAUGGGUCGGCUAGAUAACAGGUCACCUCCUCCUGGCUAUAUUUGUCAUAGAUGUAAAGUACCAGGUCAUUUCAUUCAACAUUGCCCAACAAAUGGUGAUACUAGAUAUGACGUUAGAAGGAUGAAACCUCCAACUGGCAUCCCAAAAUCCAUGUUAAUGGCAACUCCAGAUGGCUCAUAUGCACUGCCAAGUGGGGCUGGUGCUGUUUUGAAGCCAAAUGAAGCUGCUUUUGAGAGGGAGAUAGAGGGCCUACCCACCACCCGAUCUCUCAGUGAUCUCCCGCCAGAGUUGCGUUGCCCGUUGUGUAAAGAAGUAAUGAAGGAUGCCGUUCUAACUAGUAAAUGCUGCUUUAAGAGUUUCUGUGAUAAAUGCAUUAGGGACUACAUAAUUAACAAGUCAAUGUGUGUCUGUGGUGCCACAAGCAUAUUAGCAGACGAUCUUCUCCCCAAUAAAACUCUAAGAGAAACCAUCAGUCGCAUAUUAGAGGCACCACCAACUAGCAGUACAGAAAACGCGGGAAGCAUGGUGCAAAUACAGGACAUGGAGUCGGCUCUACCUGUACCACCCAAGGUUAGGUCUCCUGCUGUUUCUGCUGCUUCAAAAGAAGAACCUAAAGCACUGAUGCCGGUAGAGGAAUCUCCAGACGCUGAGAGCCAGAGCGGAUUGAAAGCUAACAUUGAUGUGAGUUCUUCAGAUAAUAAGGUUACCACAAUUCCAGAUAUCACUGAAGGGACAAUGGACUCUAAGAACAGCAAAAAAGAAAAAACACCAGAAAUGAUUCAUGUCGCAAAAGAGUCACAGGAAAAAUUGCCUGCAGGUGAACAAGCAGUAAAGAAGAAAAAGAAGAAGAAGGUGCGAGCACCAGGGAAUGCCGAGGAGCAAUGGAAUAAUAAUUAUCAAGAUUUUGGACCUGAAAAUUUUGCUGGAAUGCCUUUGGGCCCGCAAGGAGGUUUUAACCCUUACUGGGGAGGAGGGAUGCCAUUGCCAAUAGAUUACAUGGGUGCACCAUUUCCAGGUCCCAUGCCUUAUAUGGGCUAUCCUCCACCAGGUCCAUUUGAUCCUUUUGGUGGGGGAGUUCUUCCACAAGAUCCAUUUAUGCCCCCGGCAUACAUGAUGCCAACAGUUCCUAGGGACCUUUCUGAAUUAGCUGUUAACAGUAUGGGAAUGAACAUGGGGCCACCAGUUGUGAGAAGAGACGAAUUUGAGCCCAGGAAACCAGAUGGAAGGAGACGUGAAAUGGAUCGAUUAAACGGAAGGGAUCGGGAGCGGGAUCGGGAGCGUGAACAUUCCCGCGAGAGGGAAAGGGAGCGGGAGAGGGAGAGGCAGAGGGAGCGAGACCGUGAUGGUGAUCGAGACCGAGACCGAGACCGGGGCAGGGAGUAUCGAAGGGAAGCAAGGGAAUCAUCAGGAGCCGUAAACGAUAGUACAUCGAUGAGACCUAAGGAUGUAUGUCUUUUCCUGUCAAUCUAUUAUCUUGCAAAGUUAUGUACUGUCAGUUCCAUGGUAAACUUGUGGGCGGCGGCGUCAGCAGUGGAGAGGUCAGCACCACCGGACAGGAGGUCGAGGCCCCAGGCGGACAGGUCGGAGCGCGCCCUGCCGCCGCCCCCACACAGCCCCGACCGGCACUCGCGUCGCUCCCCGCACCGCUCCUCCAGCUCCGGCAAGAAGCGCUCCUCGUCGGACCACUACGACGAUCUGCCUCUCCCGCCUCCGCCGCCUCCUGCGUCGCGGCACGAGGCAGAGCACGCGAAGGCGGCGGCUGCUGCAGCAGACCAGCGGUCCAAGGCCAAGGCCAGCGUCUUCUCCCGCAUCAGCUUCCCCGGCGAGGCUAACACGUCCGACCCCAAGCGCAGCCGCAGGUCGUCCUCCGACAAGCGCCCUGCAUCCUCGUCGUCUUCAUCCAAGAGAAGCGUAGCUGCCGCCGCAGCUGCCGAGGAGAGCGACAGUCGUCAUCACCACCAGGAGACGGUCUUGGCGGCGGAGGAGGAGAGGCGGAGAUCCGCGCCUACCGACUACGACGACGAGGAGCAGUCGAGCGAGGAGGAGAAACAUUUCAAGAGGAGGCCGUCGUCCUCCAGGCGGGAGGGGGAGCGCGAGCGGCAGCACGAGGAGCCGCGGCACUCGCGGCGGUCUAGGGAGCGCGGGGACGGCCACCACCACAACCACAGCCACAGCGGUGGCGGCCACAAGCGCCGGUGA